AUCGUCCGAUUCCGAGCUUCUUGUCUCCUCCGCCAGCAGCCUAGCAUUGCCGCGGCAGAGCAAAGAGCUUCUGUUCUCCUUGUACAGUUUUACAUAUACCCUUUUUUACAUUAGACGAUAAUUGCUAUAAUGGACCACGACGACGGCCCCAAUUUUGGUUAUGCGUAUGGUGGUGCUGGAAACAAUGGCUCGGAAUCUCCUGCCAGACCAUCGUGGAAUCCCGCAUUGAGGCCCGACCACGACGAAACAUCGAGCGCGGCCAGCGAAUCCAGCGAGGAGAUUACCAGUAAUCCUGCACCAGCUGCGAAACCUGUAGUGGUUGCAAAUCCACCACCAAAAGCACCUGUAGCUGCCGAGGACAGCUCAGAAAGUGAAGAGGAAGAGGAGGACGAGGAGGAAGAAGAGGAGGAAGACGAAGAAGAGGACGAGGACGAGGAAAGCGACGAUGAUAAGGCUGAGACGGUACCUGAGCGUGCGGCAAUUGCGCCUGCACCUCAGGCUACCGCACACCCAACCAAAAGUCCACUCGAACCUGAACCCACCGCCGACAUCAACAAGCUCGAUCAACAACCAGCUGCUCUACCGAACCAACCUGCGCCGCAACAAGCAACGAACGAGCCAGAGGAGUCCUCGGAGGAUGAAUCUGACGAAGACUCUACCACAGAUGGUGCGCAAGACGUCGCUAAAACCGAGGCAGCGCGGGACCUCACAAACGGAGAUGUGUCCAAAUCCGAACCGUCCCAAGAAGUAGAACCUAUCCACAACAAUGUCUCAACACUCGAAGAGAAGCCCGCGCAUAAUUACGAGCACCAAGGGGAAACCACACUUCUGGAGGAUGCGGUCGUAGAGAGCGAGAAGGCACCACUCGUUGCCGAUUCGCAGCCGACGACGGACGAUUGGGGAGCUGCUGAUGAGGAAUUCGACUUUGGACCCAAAUCCCAGGAUCCCCUUCUCGAAACACCUCACGCAGAAGCUGUCGGAACCACAGUCGGCGACGACGUCAUUGGUAAUACCAAAGUGGGUGGUAACACUGGUGAUGGGAUAGAUUGGGGUGCUGGCGAUGAUCAGGAUUUCUUCAGUAACGCAACCGCAGCGAAGGAUGCCCCAGCUAAGAGCGGACCGGGGAGCGACGCUAUGUGGGACCUGGAGCUCGACUUGGACGAUGAGUUUCUUCCAGAUGCAGACGAGCCUGCGGCACCUUUUGACCUAGACGAUGACGGCUUCCUGGAUGAUGCACCUCCUGCAGCCGUAGAGCAGCCUGUACAACCUGCUGCGCCAUCGCGAUCCGUCUCCAGCAUCUCUAAUCGCUAUGCACCGCAGAGCACACCAGCACCACAACCCGCGGCUAGUCCAUAUACUGUUCCAGGACCUCAAUUCACGGAUCUGUCGAAGGCUCAACAGCCGAAACCCGCAGUUACUCCAAGCUACGGCGCAUACGGUCAGGCAUCCCCAUACCAACAGCCAGCCCGCCCUGCGAUGACAAGCUCGGCUCAAAGCUUUGCGGACAAGGCCAAAGGAGGAUAUGCUUCGCCAUAUGACCUACCUGAAGAUGUUGUGACCACACGAAGGCGACCAGCACCUCGUCCUCUGGGGUCUACAACCCAGUCUGUGCCGCCUCCUCCAAGAAGCAGCAGUCUGUCUUCGAGCACAGGCGUUGCACCCCCUCGUCCACCCCCAGCUUCAAGCAUGUCAACGUCAAGCCUUUCUCCUCCCACGUCAGGUCAUUCCAACCAGGCCGAAAUGUCUGGAAUGCCACCACCACCAAAGCCAGCUUCUUCGAGAACGCCAUCGAACGACUUCUUCGCCGAACUCCCUGUCACAUCGAAGCCGAAACCAACAGGGCGUUAUACACCUCAACCACACGUACCGCAGCAAUCUCCACCGCUUCACCCACCUCCCCAUAUACUUCCAAAGGAACGAACCAGUUCUUGGUCUUCUCUGCGCAACGAAAUACUUCCGGAUGACAACAGCCAUAAUGCUCAGCUUCGCCAACCCGACCGAUUGCCAGUCUUUCCCGAUCACCCGUCUGUCCCCGUUUCUAGCAACAGUCUCCCAGUGCCUCAGCCUGUUUCUGCCCCUCCUUCUACCAGCAGAUACUCUCCUGCGCCACCAUCUUCAUUGCCAUCCACAAGCCGCUUCUCUCCAGCGCCUCCGGCACCGCCAGCAGCUACCUCGAGAUACUCACCAGCUCCUCCCCAGGCAGUUCCUCAUAAUCGUAACGUGUCAGACCCGCUAGGGCUUUCCAGGUCGCCGGCGCAACCUUAUGCUCCAAGGACUUCGAGUCCGCUUGCUUACAAUCCCGCCUUGGACGACCAGCGAUCUGUCUCUCAGCCGCAUGACCCACAUGUUCAUGCGCCAGGCCAUCAUACAAUGCAUUCUGCGGAUAGUGUUCCUCGCAUGCCAUUCAGAAAUCCCCUGGAGGGAGUGAAUGAGACGGAGGAACAGAGAAGCGCUCCUCCGACAGGGCGACCUUCGACCGCUAGGUCCCAGACCCCGCCUAUGAGAAGCAGUCCUUCUUCUACCGUUGGAUCACCGAGAAAGACCUCUAGCUACACUCCUCAAUUCCAGCCGGUCUCUCAGCCAGGAGUACUUUCUCCUGUUCGUUCGUUGACUCAAUCACCAGAGACAACAACUAAGCAGCCCCACUAUCGCCAGAUCUCCAAUGAACAUCCUCCUUCAGCUUACGGCAUUGCGUCGCCUCCUGCCCCAUACGGAGUGCAGAGCACGCCGCCUACUGCAAAUAUCAUUCCACACAAGCGACAAAUCUCACACGACUUCCAGUACAUCGCACCUACAGACGAGCGGGUAUCCGAUCCGCUCGAGCGAUGGAAGGGAUAUCCCAUCUUCCAUUGGGGUCUUGGUGGCACUGUCAUUACCAGCUUUCCGAAGCAGAUUCCUCGCUAUGGCGGAGGGGCAUCCAUGCCAAUGAUGAAGUGUAGCCCUGGCGAGGUGAAAAUUCAAAGCGUGAAAGAUAUACUUCCUUUGUCAGAAGAGAUCUCCAAGUUCCCCGGGCCUCUCAAAGCAAAGAGUAAGAAGAAGGAAGUUUCGACAUGGUUGGGUCGGGGCAUUGAAUCCCUUACCAGCAAGGUUGAGGAUCCUGGUAUUGAGAACUCCAUGAACCCAGCCGACUUCAAGCGACUGGAGGAAAAAGCAUUGCUUUGGAAGGUCCUGCAGACAUUGGUGGAUAAUGACGGCCAUCUCGAGGGCAAUCCCACUGUGGAAGCAGCUGUACGAAGGAUAUUUUCUCCUGAAGGGGCAGAAGAUGCUCCAGGAAAUGAUGGUUCAUUCUCGACUGGCGCCGAUCUUGUCGGUCUAAGCAGGUCGAACACUCUGGCUCAAGCAGAGCCCCUCGAUCCCAAAGCCGUAGAAGAACUCCGGAAACUUCUCACCAAGGGUGACCGGGAAAAGGCAGUUUGGCACGCCGUCGAUCAGCGUCUUUGGGGCCAUGCCAUGCUCUUGUCUUCCACCCUGAGCAAGGAUGUGUGGAAACAAGUCGUUCAGGAGUUCGUUCGCCAGGAGGUGAAGAAGACUGGUCGAAACAACCAGGCGCUUGCAGCUCUCUAUGAAGUCUUUGCCGGCAACUGGGACGAUUGCAUUGACGAGCUUGUUCCUGCUUCAGCACGUGCCGGCUUCCAGAUGAUCAGUACGGAUGGAGCUGGUUCUAACCAGGAUGCCUUACAAGGCCUUGACAAGUGGCGAGAGACACUUUCUUUGAUCUUGAAAAAUCGAAGUGAGGGUGACAAUGCGGCACUCUUGUCACUUGGUAGGCUCUUGGCGGGUUACGGCCGAGUUGAGGCUGCACAUAUUUGCUUCAUUUUUGGACGCUCCAUGGCCUAUCUUGGAGGUGUUGAUGACCAGCAAUCGGAUAUCGUCCUUGUUGGUGCUGACCAUCGUGCCUAUCCUUUAGAUGUCGGCAUCGAUGUCGAACCAAUCUUGUUGACUGAAAUCUACGAGUUUGCACUCUCGUUGGCCGCGACUACUGGGUCACACGUUAUCCCCCAUCUGCAAAACUACAAGCUUGCUCAUGCAUACACUCUCGCCGAGCAUGGCUUCAUGACAGAUGCCCAGGCUUACUGUGAUGCUAUUGCCAUUGCAAUGAAAUCUACUACGAGGAUCUCGCCAUAUUACAAUGCAAGCUUCAUCUCUACCCUAGAUGAUCUAACGAAGCGCCUAUCUCAAUCUCCUAAAGAUAGUUCUUCUUCCUGGAUUUCCCGGCCCAGCAUGGACAAGGUCUCAAGCUCGUUCAUGUCCAAGUUCAACAGCUUCAUUGCUGGUGAUGAGGACGAUGCAGCUUCCGUCGGUGUUGGAGGGGCAGAGGCUGGUCCAUUCGCAAAGAUUGCUGGAAGCACGCCUAACCUCAGCCCGACUCAGUCAAACGUCGAUCUGUACGGUGCAUACUCAGGCUACAGUGCCACUCCUCCUGCCCCUGCCGCGCCUUCGACUGCGACUUCUUCUCGCUAUGCUCCCUCAAGCAAUGCAUAUGCGCCCAGGUCUUCGUCAGAGCAGGUCCGGCCGACAUAUGAGCCUCAGGGUCGAUCGUCUUUCGAUUCGCAGCCUUCCAACGCAUACAUGCCUUCGCCGUCUCUGGGAGCGCCAUACACUCCGUCGCAAGCGCAAUUCAGUCCUAGAAGCGAUACGUCCAAGACAAAUUCCUAUGCACCUCUUAAAUCGCCGCUUGCCCCCACGCAGGGCUCUUCGUAUCAACCAACCCCACCACUCGAAGACCGAUCGAUAUCUUAUGGUAGUAGCUAUGAGCCUCCACGGGCAAGCUUCGAGGCUUCGCAGCCAUCGGUACCUGAGGAGACCACCCAGUCAUCGGGCGGGUACGAGCCUCCCACAACCUCAUAUGAACCUCCCUCUUACCAGCCAUAUGAGCCUGAUGAGGAGACAAAGCCGGAGGAGGAGGAAGAAGAGAAGCCCAAGAAGAAGUCCUUCAUGGACGAUGACGACGACGAUGAUCUCGCCAAACGAGCCGCAUCCCUCAAGAUCAGCUCCAAGUCCGACGCCGACCGCAAAGCAGACGAAGCAUUCCGCAAGGCCGCGGAAGCCGACGCCCAGCGAGACAAGGAAGCAGCCGCAAAGAAGGCCGGAGGCGGCUGGUUCGGAGGCUGGUUUAAGAAGGACCCGAACGCAGGCCCAGGACCGAUCAAAGCCAAGCUCGGCGAGGAGAACAGCUUCUACUACGACCCGGAGCUCAAGAAAUGGGUCAACAAAAAGGGCGGCGCAGCCGAAGCCUCGAAGCCCAUGGCCACGCCUCCACCCCCGCGAUCAGGACCCCCGUCCCGCAACGUCUCUGGCAACACCGUCGCCGCACAGCACGCCCUCGGCGGCAGCACCCCCUCAAGCCUUCCCCCGACCUCCAUGAUGGCAGGCGGACCACCAACUUCGAACCCCCAGCGCAGCUCCAGCAUGCCACCGCCCAUGUUGCCCCUCGGCGGCCCGCCCUCCCGCUCCUCAACACCAGGCCUCAUGUCCGACUCUGAGGGCGGCGGCAACAAAGCCCCUCCGCUCGUCAACCCGGGUCUCCUUGCCAGUGGCCCCCCGUCCAGACCUAGCACAGGCCUCAGCAACGCGAGUUCCAUCGACGACCUCCUCGGCGCCGCGACCGCGAACAAGGGACCCAAGAAGGGGAAGAAGAGGGGCGGAAGGUACGUCGACGUUAUGGCGCAGAAGUAGAGACCCACAAAGCAGGGGGAGGACUACAUAUGCAUUUUACCGGCGCCACACGGCGCAUUGUUUGUAAGUGAGACACUUGGUUCUGUCUUUGGAUACAGGGCAGAGGAUCGUGGAUGGAGGAAGCACUGGUUUUCGUUGGUCCUUAUUGUUGGUGUUGGUGUUGGUGGUUUUGGGGUUUUAUGUUGGAUGGUUGGGAGGAUGGAAAGGGG